UUUGUCUGUGUAUCUGUCUGUCUAUCUAUCUGCCUGUAGGUCUAUAGUGUUGUUAUAGUGUAAAUGUUUUAAUAUUGAUUACUCGUUUACAGGGCCGUGCACAGGGGGGUGGCCCUGUGGCUAGAGCCACUGCCCCUUUGCCCUCAUCGGCUGAGUUGCCCCUCUCACCAAUCCCCCCCAUCACCACAGCUCAAAGCUGUCUGUUACCGCUCUGCUAAAGAUCCGCUGAUUCCGCUAAUCCACUCUGUGUUUCCAGCCCGCUCCGCAGCAUCACUCACAAUCUGUGUGCCGCUCUCUGGAGAGUGGAGACCACAGUCCCCGAAGGUAGUUGCAUUACCAGGAAACAUGGGUUGUAAAAAAUCCAAGUUGAAUGGUGACCAAAAUAGAGGUGUGCUUGAAGGGAACAAACACCAGUCAGUACGUACCGACCAAACUGUAUAUGUGAGAGAUCCAACCUCCUAUAAGCCUCAUAUAAAUAAUCCGACUACCGGUCUCCUGCCUGGUCAGGUGUUCCAAAAAAUGGAAGAAAAGGAAAAAAUAGCCAUUGCUUUGUAUCCGUAUGACGCCAUUCAUGCUGAUGAUCUGGGCUUUAAAAAAGGAGAGAAGUUAAAGAUUCUUGAAGAGCAUGGAGAGUGGUGGAAGGCAAGGUCUUUGACCACAAGAAAGGAAGGAUUCAUUCCUUCAAACUAUGUUGCAGAAGCAGACACUAUGGAAACAGAAGAAUGGUUCUUCAAAGAUAUCACACGGAAGGAUGCAGAAAGACAGUUGUUGGCGCCUGCUAACAAACCUGGGUCUUACCUCAUCCGGGAGAGUGAAACUUCAAAAGGAAGUUAUUCACUGUCAAUCAGAGAUGCGGACGCUCAGGGGCAGGAUGUUGUUAAGCAUUAUAAAAUCAGAUCUCUGGAUAAUGGAGGCUACUACAUCUCUCCAAAAAUCACAUUCAAUGACAUCAACAGCAUGAUAAAACAUUACCACAAACAAGCAGACGGAUUAUGUCGAAAACUAGAGAAACCAUGUGAGAAGCCAAAAGCACAGAAACCUUGGGACAAAGAUGCAUGGGAAAUCUCUAAAGAAUCCAUAAAGAUGGUGAAGAAGCUCGGAGCAGGGCAGUUUGGAGAGGUGUGGAUGGCCUACUAUAAUAACAGCACAAAAGUGGCGGUAAAAACACUGAAGCCGGGCACAAUGUCAGUGGAGGCUUUCUUAGAGGAGGCCAACCUAAUGAAAACCUUACAGCACGAAAGACUCGUGCGCCUCUAUGCUGUCGUCACCAAAACUGAGCCCAUCUACAUCAUCACUGAGUUCAUGGCAAAUGGAAGCUUAUUGGAUUUCUUGAAAAGUGCGGCUGGCUGCAAAGUACAGUUACCGAAGCUAAUAGAUUUUUCUGCACAGAUAGCUGAAGGUAUGGCCUACAUUGAGAAGAAGAAUUAUAUCCACCGAGACCUGAGAGCAGCUAAUGUGCUGGUUUCAGACAGCCUGUUGUGCAAAAUAGCUGAUUUUGGCCUGGCCAGAGUAAUUGAGGAUGACCAAUACACAGCCAGAGAAGGAGCAAAAUUUCCUAUCAAAUGGACGGCACCCGAGGCCAUCAACUACGGUUCUUUCACCAUCAAAUCAGAUAUGUGGUCCUUUGGGGUUCUCCUGUAUGAGAUUAUAACAUACGGGAAAAUUCCGUAUCCAGGUAUGAGUAACAGUGAAGUCAUGAGCUCUGUUCAGAGAGGUUACCGGAUGCCCCGUCCUGAAAACUGUCCCACUGAACUUUAUGAGGUCAUGACCAUGUGCUGGAAGAGUAAACCAGACGACCGGCCCACGUUUGACUAUAUUCAGAGUGUACUAGAUGACUUCUACACAGCCACUGAGGGCCAGUACCAGCAGCAGCCAUGAGGAUGCAAAAUCAUAUUUUUGUACUGUUUUAGGAUGAUCAAAAGAUCUGUGUUUUAUCUAUGAAUCGAUGUAUUAAUGUGUAACUAAUAAUGGGAUCAAUCUGCUUACUUAUGUGUAAGCAAGGUUCCGAUUUUCUAUUUCUGCUUCAAAUUGAAGUCUUAACAGUCUGUUUACUACUUUUGCUGUUCACAUUCAAAUUUCAAUGGCUGCAUUUCAAUUUGUAAAUAAUUUUAUGUUUCAAAGUACCCUACCAAAGUUUAAUUGUUAUUUGUACACAUUUUACACCGGGCUUUGCAAACUGGAGUCUGGGGGCUGCUAUAAGGUCUGCAAAUAAAUUCAGAGCAAAUAAAAUAUUUUACUUUUAGGGCUGUCCAAGUUAACUGUGAAGCUGUUUUGGAAGGAUAUUUAUUGUAAAGGAGCUAAACCAAUACAUUUGAAUUGAAAUCAUUUUUUUCAGAUGGAAUGAAUCAUUUAUAAAUGACAUUAUACAGCUGCCUAUAUCUUUUUUUUAAGAGGGACCUUCGAAAAGCAUCAUCAUAUUUUAAGGUUCUUGGAAACAAAAUGUUUGAAAACCUCUGGUUUAAAUUAAAAUAAUUGGAUGACUAAAUGAAAUCCAUGCACUGUAAAGAGAGUGUGAUCUUGACCUUUUUUUAUUUUUUUUUUGUAUGACAUAUUUUAAUAACAAUAUUGAUAACGUU